UUCAUCAUCCGGGAAGAGGAGGAAGAGAGAGCAAAGAGGCCCUUGAGAGCUGCUCCCUACGAGACGUGCCUCGUGGCAAAAGCUGUGGGAGUCCCAGAGCUGGCCUGGUUUACUCCUCUUCCCUCAGGGGCUGCACCAUGGCCUCAGAGGCACCGUCCGGAUUGUCUCUUCUCUGGGAUAGAGUGGAAAGAGCAGCUGGGCAGCCCCAUGAGCAUCUGUUGCCCUUCCAGGAUCUGGUGACCUUUGAGGAGGUGGCCGUGUAUUUCACAGAGGAGGAAUGGGCCCUGCUGGAUCCUGGCCAAAGAGCUCUGCACAGGGAAGUCAUGGAGGAGAAUUAUGAGACGGUGGCCUCUCUGGGAUACAUCUGGGGGGUCAAGGCUGAGGGAGAACCAUCUGAAGUAUCACUGGAAAAAGCUGAGGAGCAGGUGCAGGAGCAGAAACUGAGGAGGCAAGAUAGAGCAAAGAGACAAGAGGAGAGACAAACUCACACAGGGGACAAACCCCAUAAAUGCUUGGAGUGUGGAAAGAGCUUCAGUCAGAGUGGCACCCUUACUUCGCAUCAAAGGACUCACACAGGGGACAAACCUUAUAAAUGCUUGGAGUGUGGAAAGAGCUUCAGCUGGAGUAGUGCCCUUAGGGUGCAUCAAAGAACUCACACAGGGGACAAACCUUAUAAAUGCUUGGAGUGUGGAAAGACCUUCAAUCAGAAUAGCCACCUUACUUUGCACCAAAGAACUCACACAGGGGACAAACCUUAUACAUGCUUGGAGUGUGGAAAGAGCUUCAGUUGGAGUAGCACCCUUAGUACACAUGAAAGAACUCAUACAGGGGACAAAGCUUAUAAAUGCUUGAAGUGUGGAAAGACCUUCAGUCGGAGUAGCCACCUUACUUUGCACCACAGAACUCACACAGGGGACAAACCUUAUACAUGCUUGGAGUGUGGAAAGAGCUUCAGUCAGAGUGGCCACCUUACUUCGCAUCAAAGAACUCACACAGGGGACAAACCUUAUACAUGCUUGGAGUGUGGAAAGAGCUUCAGUCACAGUGGCAACCUUACUUCGCAUCAAAGAACUCACACAGGGGACAAAUCUUAUACAUGCUUGGAGUGUGGAAAGAGCUUCAGUCAGAGUGGCCACCUUACUUCGCAUCAAAGAACUCACACAGGGGACAAACCUUAUAAAUGUUUCGAGUGUGGAAAGAGCUUCAGUAAGAGUGGCACCCUUACGGUGCAUCAAAGAACUCACACAGGGGACAAACCUUAUACAUGCUUGGAGUGUGGAAAGAGCUUCAGUCAGAGUGGCUACCUUACUUCGCAUCAAAGAACUCACACAGGGGACAAACCUUAUAAAUGUUUCGAGUGUGGAAAGAGCUUCAAGUGGAGUAGCGCCCUUACGGUACAUGAAAGAACUCACACAGGGGACAAACCUUAUAUAUGCUUGGAGUGUGGAAAGAGGUUCAGUCGGAGUGACACCCUUACUUCGCAUCACAAAACUCACACAGGAGACAAACCUUAAAAUGCUUGGAGUGUGGAAGGAGCUUAAGCAGAGUUCAGCUCUUUCUGUGCAUCAAAGAAUCCACACAGGGAAGCAAGGCUACCAACAGGAUUUUCUGGGCUCUGUACUCUCAGUACUCUAUGCAGAUUGGGCCCUCUGCUGCACUCCUCAAAGACACAAAUAAUCCAGUGGGAACACUCAAAUAACAGCUGGUAUAGCAUAGCGGGGAGGAGAGCCUGGCUGGGAGUCCAGAGUCUGUGAGUUCAAAUCCCCGUUUGUGUCUCCUGGGUGUCAAGGGACAGCUAAAGAUCACCCCACAUUGUGUGGCUCAGGGGUUAUGUGCCCUGCCACCUGUGUAGCCGUGGGCAAGCUGCAUAGUCCCACGGAGCCCAGUUGCCCUCCAGCUGGCAGUUGUGGACAAGGAAGGGGCUGGCUUGUGCAGUGGGGAGGACUAUCCUCAGAGGGAGGCAAUGGUAAACCCUCUCUAAAUACCGCUUAUCAUGAAAACCCUAUUCAUGGGGUCGCCAUAAGUUGGGAUCAACUUGAAGGCAGUCCAUUUCCAUUUCAACACUAAUAAUAAGAUAUCCAACAGGAAGAAUAUCAACAGGUGAAGCUUUCCCCAUAAUUCUAUACUAUAAAAAGGCAGGUAUUAAUCCGCCUGCCACAUUAUUAUAUAGCCAUGAGAGUGGCUGUAUACUAUAGCCAGCAUGGAUUUUUCGCGUUCCGCAAUCAUAAAUUUAAAAUACCCCCCAUGUCAUUCUGAUGCUUUCCAUAAGUUCAUUUCAAAACAAAACCUUACAUAACUUAUAGUCCUGAACUCAGAAAUGCUUGCUUAACAACCCUUUAAGUUUUCAUGGCAAUACACAAAACAGUCAGAGAAUCGAGAGUUCAAAAUGUAAAAUGAGGGAAAUAACAGACCUGGACUUUUUUCUGUCAGAAAUCUCAUAAUUUGAUGACAUUAAUUAAAAAUCAGCCAUGUUCACAGAGUAUCUGUAAUCCUAUUAUUGACCUUGCCCCAUUCUCUGAACUUCAUCUUCUGCAGUUUUAAAAAUAAAAUGCCUGGCUGAUUUUUAAUUAAUUUAAGAAAUUUUACAUUGAACUGAAUGAUAAUGUCGGGCAUGCUCAGUAAGAACCAGCUGUCAGUGUUCUAAAAGCCAGACUCACAGCUGAAACGUUUCUAAAGAUGUUUUGUUAUAAUGUAUUUUAAGUCUGUUUUAUGAUGUUUUAGAGUUUUUGGUGCUUUUGUUUGCUGCCCUGGGCUCGUUCUGGGAGGAAUGGCGGGAUAUAAAUCAAAUAAAUAAAUAAAAAUGGGGGCAGUGUCAGUGAUGUCCUCUCCAGUCAAAGGGAUUGGUACAAGGGGAACGCCUCCCUCCCCGUGGACAGGGAGUAGAGAGCAUAUCCAACAGUUACUCACAUUAUAGAUGGAAGCAAUUCUUGUUGGAUUUAAGCAAGCUUGCAUGCCCCCCCUUUGAUAGGGAGAUGUUCCCUCUAACCAGUAUUGGGGAUAUCUCUAUAUGUUUGUUUACCAUGACGUAACUUCCUCAAAGGGUGGUGUUUUUUUUUCUUCCUCCUCCUUUGUUAGGGGAUAUUGAUCCUUUUUGCAUAUUCUGCAUUAACCUCUAGCAGAGGGAACAGGCAGACGUUCCUUCCAGGGGCAUCCUCACCAAUGACUGAAAAUGGACUGAGACUACAGAUUAUUUUCUAUCUAAACUAGAGCCUAUGUUGUCUUAAACAUAUGACAGUCGUGAGUAAAUACUCUUUAUUCUUUUUACCUAAGAAGAUUGUCUCUGUGACUUCUUUGAUUAACUAGUGUGCGUGGGAGGAAGGUGUGGGACUGGUUUAUUUUAAUUCCACUGUUGCAUACAUACUUUACUAAGAAAUAGGACUACAUAUUGUUCCUCUUUUCAUUUAAACCAAACAGGUUCUGUGGCCCAGAGUAAACUGAGAAUUAAACCUUUCUUCUGCCUGGCAUUUUAGCAUGUGUUUUUUAAAUUGUGUUUAACAAUGUGUUUUUAAAUUUGUAUAUUUGUUUUUAAUGUUUUUAAUUGUUGUAAACCACCCAGAGAGCUUCAGCUGUGGGGCGGUAUACAAAUGUAACAAAUAAAUAAUAAAUAAAUAA